AGGUGGCAGCCAUGGCGGCGGCGGGAGCUGGUCCUGGCCUUGGUGCGGGUGCGGGAGCCGGCCCGGGAGCGCCGGCAAAUGCUACCACGGCAGAAGACGGAGAAACAAAGCCGGUUGCAGCGACAGCCGCCGCUCCGGCUGGAGAAGGGCCGUGUGCCUCCGCAGUCGCGGAACCCAGCUCUGGGGAGACUGAAAGCGGGGAUGCGAACUUGGUUGAUGUAAGCGGUGGCCUGGAGACAGAAUCCUCUAGUGGAAAAGAUGCACUGGAAGGUGCUGGGGAUACUUCAGAAGUAAUGGAUACACAGGCUGGCUCUGUAGAUGAAGAGAAUGGCCGGCAGUUGGGAGAGGUAGAACUGCAAUGUGGAAUAUGUACAAAAUGGUUCACAGCUGACACAUUUGGCAUAGAUACCUCAUCCUGUCUACCUUUCAUGACCAAUUACAGUUUCCAUUGCAAUGUGUGCCAUCAUAGCGGGAACACCUAUUUCCUCCGAAAGCAAGCAAACUUAAAAGAGAUGUGCCUUAGCGCUUUGGCAAACCUCACAUGGCAGUCCCGAACACAGGAUGAACAUCCAAAAACCAUGUUCUCCAAAGAUAAGGAUAUCAUACCUUUUAUUGAUAAAUACUGGGAGUGUAUGACAACCAGACAAAGACCUGGGAAAAUGACUUGGCCCAAUAACAUUGUCAAAACAAUGAGUAAAGAAAGAGAUGUAUUCCUGGUGAAGGAACACCCUGAUCCAGGAAGCAAAGACCCAGAAGAAGAUUAUCCCAAAUUUGGACUUUUGGAUCAGGAUCUUAGUAACAUUGGUCCUGCUUAUGACAUCCAGAAACAAAGCAGUGCUGUGUCUGCCAGUGGGAGUCUCAAUGGGGGAAUCGCAGCUGGAAGCAGUGGAAAAGGAAGAGGAGCUAAGCGUAAACAGCAAGAUGGAGGGACAGCAGGAACCACUAAGAAGGCCCGGAGUGACCCUUUGUUUUCUGCUCAACGUCUUCCCCCUCAUGGCUACCCCUUGGAACAUCCAUUCAACAAAGAUGGCUAUCGGUAUAUUCUGGCUGAGCCUGAUCCGCAUGCUCCUGACCCAGAGAAGCUUGAACUUGAUUGCUGGGCAGGAAAACCUAUCCCUGGAGACCUCUACAGAGCCUGCUUGUAUGAACGAGUUUUGUUAGCUCUACAUGACCGAGCUCCCCAGCUAAAGAUCUCUGAUGACCGUCUGACUGUUGUUGGAGAGAAGGGCUACUCCAUGGUCCGAGCAUCUCAUGGGGUGCGGAAGGGUGCCUGGUACUUUGAAAUCACUGUGGAUGAGAUGCCGCCAGACACUGCUGCCAGACUGGGCUGGUCCCAGCCCUUAGGUAACCUUCAGGCUCCCUUAGGUUAUGAUAAAUUUAGCUAUUCUUGGCGGAGUAAAAAGGGAACCAAGUUCCAUCAGUCUAUUGGCAAGCACUACUCAUCUGGCUAUGGACAGGGAGAUGUCCUGGGAUUUUAUAUCAAUCUUCCUGAAGACACAGAGACAGCCAAGUCCCUGCCUGAUACUUACAAAGAUAAGGCUUUGAUAAAAUUCAAGAGUUAUUUGUAUUUUGAAGAAAAAGACUUUGUGGACAAAGCAGAGAAGAGCCUAAAACAAACUCCCCAUAGUGAGAUAAUAUUUUAUAAAAAUGGUGUCAAUCAAGGUGUGGCUUACAAAGAUAUUUUUGAGGGCGUUUACUUUCCGGCCAUCUCAUUGUACAAGAGCUGCACGGUUUCCAUUAACUUUGGACCAUGCUUCAAGUAUCCUCCCAAGGAUCUCACUUACCACCCUAUGAGUGACAUGGGCUGGGGUGCCGUGGUGGAACACACACUGGCUGAUGUCUUAUAUCAUGUGGAGACAGAAGUGGAUGGGAGACGCAGUCCUCCGUGGGAACCCUGACCAGUCCUCUUCAUGAGACAUGGACUUUCUGGGUUAUAAGACUGGGAUUUCUGUUUUUUAAUUGUCAAGUGUCCUCCCAAAGAUGCUGCAAUGUACAGCCUGUACUUUCAGCCAGAAUAAGGAGGCUGAGUAGGACUGGCAGGUUCCCUGCCCUUCACAUUCACUCUCACUUCCAGGAACUGCUCUUAUUUUGUGUGCCAUAAGCCAAUAACCGGUGACCCCUGGAUCCCACAGUGAAAUUGGUGCUGUACUACAUCUCAGCCAACUGGGACCUGUUACCUACUGUAUUUUCUAAGGAGUGAGUAACUUUGCCCAACCAGAUAACUUAUUUAAAGAUGUGUUGUUCUGUGUGCAUUGACUCCAUCCCACCUAAUUCCCACAGACAUUGAUGGGCCUAUUUCUGAGAGCAGCUGACAUCAACGGCUGUACAUUCCAAACCAGUCUAAAAGCUGUUUCUUUUUGAUUUGGGUUUGGGGAUCUCUGGAUUCAGUAGGUCCCUUCUAAGAACUAAUUGUGAAAGGAACUGGCCUGCCACUUUAACAGAAUUGGAAAUCUCUAAUAAAAUUUGUUUUCAA